AUGGAUAUAAAGGAACAGCCUAGUGAAAAAAAUGAAGGACCCACGGAGGCACCAUCUAAUAACCAACAAGAGGCUGAGCAACAGCAACAAAACCCACAAGAACAGCAGCAUGCACAGUAUGAUAUCGCAGCUUCAUAUGCAAAUCUUGCUCAUGCAAAUGCUGCAGUAGUUGUUGAUCCGGCUCUUCAAUCUGAUCCGACAAAAGCGUCGGGUGCCUUUCAAGGUGUUGCCUACGGCCAACCGUACGGUCUGAUUAUGAGUCCUGCGAGCCCGUUUGUUCUUGGUGCCACCAGUGCUCCCCCUAAUGCAUCAUCAGGCAUGGAAGAACAAGAAGAACCGCUCUACGUGAAUGCUAAACAAUAUCACCGAAUUUUGAAAAGACGAGCGGCUAGAGCAAAAUUGGAAGCAGAAAAUAAAAUACAGAGGGGUCGAAAGAAAUAUCUUCACGAAUCUCGUCACAAGCACGCAAUGCGCCGGCCUCGUGGACCGGGUGGCCGCUUCCUCACCGCAGCUGAAAUUGCGGAAAUGGAACGGCAAGAGAAGAAGGAUAAUGAAAAUUCUUCACAGACACAAGAAAUUCAGCAAAAUGGUUCCGGACCAGAAUCUUUAACACAUAUCUUAACUGAAAAUGGUGUAAAACAAGAAUUACGUAAAUGA